AAGAAUGGGAAGAAAGAUGGAACCCACUGAAUUUAAGCAAGUCCCAUUCCAUCAUCCACUCUUCAUCAUGUUUUCAUCUGGGACUACAGGUGUCCCAAAGUGUAUGGUGCAUUCUGUUGGUGGUACUUUGAUUCAGAUUGCUAAGGAACAUGUACUGCAUUGCGACUUAUCGAGAGAUGAUGUCCUCACUUAUUAUACAACAACUGGUUGGAUGAUGUGGAACUGGCUGAUUGUUGGACUAUUUUCUGGAUGUGCUCUUCUGCUUUAUGAUGGCUCCCCACUCCUACCUACUCCAAAUAUUCUCUGGGACCUUGUAGAUAAAUUAGGAGUUACAGUAUUGGGAACCGGGGCAAAGUGGCUUGCAGUAUUAGAGGAGAAAGGAGAAAAAGGUUUAAGCCUCGUGAAACUCCACAACCUUUCUUCUUCUUUAAGAGCAGUUCUGUCUACUGGGUCACCGCUUGCUGAUCAUUCUUUCCGUUAUGUAUAUAAUGAUAUAAAGAAAGACGUACUACUUGGAUCAAUAUCAGGAGGUACUGAUAUCAUUUCGUGUUUUAUGGGAAGUAAUCCCAGUUUGCCUGUGUAUGAAGGAGAAAUUCAGUCCAGGAAUUUGGGAAUGGCAGUUGAAGCCUGGGAUGAAGAUGGGUGCCCUGUGUGUGACAUGAGUGGAGAGCUGGUUUGCACUCGACCUUUUCCUUCAAUGCCAACUCAUUUUUGGAAUGAUGACGGGGGCAUCAAAUAUACCAAGGCUUACUUUGCAAAGUUUCCUCAUACUUGGACGCAUGGAGAUUAUGUAUGCAUCAGUUCAAAGACUGGAGGAAUAACAAUGUUAGGACGAAGUGAUGGUACCCUCAACCCAAAUGGUGUGCGAUUUGGGAGCUCUGAAAUUUAUAAUAUAGUGGAACAAUUUGAAGAAGUUGUUGAUAGUGUGUGUGUUGGUCAAAGAAAUGCAGCCGGAGAAGAACGUGUCAUUUUAUUCCUAAAACUCCAUCCAGAAAUAUGGCACAGGAGUUUACGAGACGCAUUGGAUUAA